AUGACGGUGCACACGGGAAUUGAAAUUCAGUUCAUAGGGCACAGUGGAAACAGUGCACGAGACACUGAAGUAACAAACAAUGAAACAGAACACAGAGAAAACAGUGCGCAAGACACUAACGUAACGGACAAUCAAAUAGAACACAGAGAAGACAAUGCGCAAAUCACUAAUGUAACAAACAAUCAAACAGAACACAGAGAAAACAGUGCGCAAGACACUAACGUAACGGACAAUCAAAUAGAACACAGAGAAGACAAUGCGCAAAUCACUAAUGUAACAAACAAUCAAACAGAACACAGAGAAAACAGUGCGCAAGACACUAACGUAACGGACAAUCAAAUAGAACACAGAGAAGACAAUGCGCAAAUCACUAAUGUAACAAACAAUCAAACAGAACACAGAGAAAACAGUGCGCAAGACACUAACGUAACGGACAAUCAAAUAGAACACAGAGAAGACAAUGCGCAAAUCACUAAUGUAACAAACAAUCAAACAGAACACAGAGAAAACAGUGCGCAAGACACUAACGUAACGGACAAUCAAAUAGAACACAGAGAAGACAAUGCGCAAAUCACUAAUGUAACAAACAAUCAAACAGAACACAGAGAAAACAGUGCGCAAGACACUAACGUAACGGACAAUCAAAUAGAACACAGAGAAGACAAUGCGCAAAUCACUAAUGUAACAAACAAUCAAACAGAACACAGAGAAAACAGUGCGCAAGACACUAACGUAACGGACAAUCAAAUAGAACACAGAGAAGACAAUGCGCAAAUCACUAAUGUAACAAACAAUCAAACAGAACACAGAGAAAACAGUGCGCAAGACACUAACGUAACGGACAAUCAAAUAGAACACAGAGAAGACAAUGCGCAAAUCACUAAUAGCAAAGUUGUGUAA